UUCUUGUCGAACUGAACACAUUUACUCCUCAGUAAAAAUGACAGUUGCUAGAAUUUAUUUAAUAAAAAUGUGACCCAGGUCACAAAUGUGAUGUUUGACAAGUAAUACAUAUUCAUCCGCUUCGACACGAGUUUCAAGAACACAACAGUACCCGGAUGGACUGUCAUGGCCGCCGUCGCUGUGGUUCCACAGAGAGGAGAGAAGGAAGGCAAAUGUUUCUGUUGUGUGUAUGUUUUUCAACCUUAAUCGUCACUUACAAUGUUGGACGUUGAUGGGACGCAACCUUAACUUCCAGCGAGUUCAGAGCUUAGCUUCCACACUACAGCUGGCCAGACACCUCUUGCACUGAUGGUUGAGGUUUUACCAAAGGAGAACAGAUUUGUAAUCAUGGAAGACCUCGCAUUACCUCCUGAUUCUGCAAAAAACGGCAGCAUAUCAGUAAUAACAGAUGAAAAGGAAAAGGUGAAAGACUUUGUAUACAAGCAUUUCAGAGAAGUAACAGAUGGACCACUCUUCAGUAAUGCAGAAGAAUCUACCAUAAUGGAACAUGGGAGUUGUACAAAAAAGGAUAAACCAACUCUAAAAACUCAUUGUAAAGUUCAACAGGGGGCUGUUUUUUCUGGAAAAAUUCUGAGUUUUGGAUGCUCAGUGUGCAAAGAUGACUUCACAUUUAGCCCCAAUGAUCUCCUUAAACAUUUCCGAGCUGCUCAUCAGGGAAACCUUCCCACAUAUCCUUGUGAUUUGUGUGAUUUUGUCACAAAUGAGUUCCCUGCUCUUCAGCGCCAUCGAAUUGAGCACAGGAAUACUUUGGUUACCUGUGAGCUGUGCAACAAUGGCAUUCAGUACUCUCUGCUUUUGCUUACAAGACACUACAUCAUGUGUCACAGUACAAAUGGACAAUUCAAGUGUGAUUGGUGUGAGUUUACAACUGUUGACGCAGGAACAUUUGUCCAACACAUCCAUCAUCAUAAUGAGAGUCAUUGGAAGUGUACCAAAUGCAGACAUAUUAGUUUGAAUGAAGAGGAUCACCAGAAUCAUAUGAAGGCUCACACGGAUACUUUCCCUUUCACUUGUCAAAUAUGUGGAUAUGGUGCAGCAAGAAGUGAGAACCUUAAAAAACACACCGCAAGCGUUCAUAAGGAGGAGGCUGAGAGGAGGUGUGCAUGGAAGGCUAUUGAAGACAAUAGCUCUUUAGCAAAUUCAUCUGCAAACUUAAAACAGUCUAAAAAAGGUGCUGAGUCACAAGAGGCUCAGAAAAUGUCAAAGAGCAACCAUCUUUCUUGGAAUGUACCAAACCAAAAUGGCAGACUAGUCAAACCAGAGCACUCCGUGGAGGAUAACGGUCCCUAUACAUAUGGGAGUGCAGUGAAAAAGGGCAGCAGGAGUUGGAGCAAAAAUGUCUCUAGCACAGAACAUUCGGCACCAGUAAUGCUGCAGGAGUGCGACAGCUUCUUAAGCUCCGACAUUGGAAGUAACAUCAAUGCUAACGGACUUACUGUUGUGAUGGUUAAGAACAAAAUCUCUCUUCCCCCAAACUGUACGACCAAAGUGAUGGGAUUCAAGAUGGUUGAUGGCAAAAAACAUUUGGUUCUCAAAGUAAUACCUGCGGAAAAGCAAGACUUGCCCGCUCAGAACCAUUCCAUCGUGGACAGUGGAGGGCCCUUGGUGUCGCAUCCAGAGUUGAGUAAAGGUAAAGUCUCCACUGAGAAUGGGCAAUGCUCUGAUUAUAAGAGCUCAGUGUCAAAUUGCUUAACUGUUUCAUCAACAAGUGAGUCUUGCCCUCAAAUGGAUCAAGACGAUAUUAUGGCUGUAAAAGUCAAGGUUGAGGAGGAGGAAACCUCUGUUUACAACUUUAACUCCACUCUACACACAAAUGACGAGGAUGAUGAUGAUGAACAAACAAAUAUGUUACUCAACAGAUCACUGACACCAGAAGCUGCGUUACAUCCAGUAACAAGUGAGUUGUGUCAUGAAGAUGGUCAGAUGCAUUUAAACAAAACAAAAAGUGGAACAGAGGAAAGUAAGUGUGGCAAUAACCUGGAUUCUUUAAACGGAAAAUCGGAUGCAGUCAGCCAUCGUCCGUCUCUUAGUAAUCCUACAACAGUGCGUGCUGCUAAGGUCACUACUUUAUCAGCUACUUCAACAGCGGUUCAGGAAACCUCGCCUUCCCGACCUGUCUUCAGAGCUGUUAAUGACAAUGGAUCCUCACACGAGUCUCCUCAGGCCGGUAGCAACGACGCUCCAUUUGAGACAAACAAAGGGAACUCGGCUUUCAAUGCUGUGGAUACUGCUCCAGAAGAAUUUCAGUGUUUGCAUAUUGAUAUGAAACAUAGAAAUGACAAGUACAGUCUUGAAACACCUGUGCAGUCAUUACAAGCCUCAUCAGUUGGCAGCAGAGAGAGUGCAUUUUGCAUGGGAAAAAGCACAUGCAAUGCACCAAACCAGGAAGUCUUUACCUUUCAUAACUAUUCCAAGGAAGCAUUUAGCACUUUACCUGAUGCUACCCAGAACUUAAACGGUAAUUCAGAGUUUUCUGGAGACAGUAAAUUCAUUUGUAAAUCAUCCCCUUUCAGCCCGACAUCGAGAGAAUCUUCAGAACAUGUCAAAGAAAGUUCAGCUGAUGACUUAAUCAAUGAAAACGUAGUUGGUGUUGAUGAUCCUCUUGAUGAGGAAAAUGGAGAUUCACUUCUCGAUGACUUCAAUAUUAUCAAAGUUGAGGAAGAGAGUAUUCCCAUUUCCACAAAGCAGCCAGAAACAAAGAGCUGUUCAACUAAUUUGGGCAGUUUUGUAGAAGAACAUUCUGAUGAAAUUAUUACCCAACAGCUUAACAAAGAAAGGACAGGAUCCUCAAUUGCCAACUGCAAUUCUUUAAAGCAGACAAAAACAACCCUGAGAAUUCUUCAGUUACCAGAGGGCAAGCAGCCAGUACUCUUGAGGGCAACUAACAGCCAGUUUGAUGUUCCUUCACAAGCCAAGGCUUCCCCUGGUUUCAAACUAAUAACCAACACUACAAAUCCCCAGAUCAAUGUAUCUUUCUUACAACCAGCGGUGGAACAAUCAAGUAAUGUCACAGGUCUUUCUCAAAAUUCCAAGACAUUAGGCAUGCCAACAGCAAAGCCACAAGCUGUAGACAAGGGGAAUACAAUUUUCUCUGCUAUUAAACCAGGAGUAAAUGCCACCUCCAAUCACUAUCUCAUCAACAGUCCAGGUUUGAAGGGUCCUGUACUUCUUUCAAGUGCACCAGUUGAUAAAACGGCAAAGACACAACCAGCAUGCUACUUGGUGCAAAGGUCUGUUCAACUUGCUAAAACUACAAGUACACCAACUGUCAAACUAGCAAGUACCCAGUUCCCAUUGAGCUCCCGGCCAGUUCUAGCAAUGCCUGUGAGCUCUGCAGAGAAACCCAGCACGCUGCAAACAGGUCGCCAGGCUUUUCUGCUCCGAUACAUAUCUCCACACAAAUCAGGCCUAUUUUUAAACAACCAGGACUUAAAGAGUGGAACCACCAGCAAUCAAACCAGUGAAAGCUCCGGAAAUAAAGUAAUACUAAAAAUCGUUACCCCCAGUUCCAGCCUUCUCACAAGUAGCACCCCCACCUCAAGCAGUCAACCUUUGUUUUUGGCCACUUCACCCCAAACCAAGUGUUUUCUGGUGUCAUCCAACAAAAAUAAUGCGAGCACUUCAAGUGGAGUAAAGAGACUGAUUAGCAUACAAAAUGCUGUACAAAAAGAUGUCAAGAUUUCCAACAUCUCACGCCCUCAGAUUAAUGUUAAGGCUCAACCGUGUGAAGCAGAGAAACUGUUGUUGGCCCCAAGGCCAAUAAGGCCUCCAAGCCAAAGGAAGAGGCGCAGGAAAGCAUUAUUCGAUGAGCUUCCAGCAACCGCUCAGAAGGCUAGAAGACUGUCAAGUAAAGCACAGUCUGAGAAAGAAACUACCGUCUUAUGGAAGCCUAUUGCCAAAGAGGUGGAAAGGACAUUAAGACUUGCCCCGUUCAGCUUGGUCCAGCAGGUCAAAUGCCCUCGCAGAUACCAACCUGUUGUGGUACUCAAUCAUCCAGAUGCUGACAUUCCUGAAGUUGUCCAAAUAAUGAGGAUAGUCAACAGGUACAAAGGUGCUGUCACGAAGGUCUCUCUGUGUCCAAAAACAAUCCAAGCACUCUCAGACCUCGGUACUGUUGGGAAUAAUUCAUCAACCAAAGGUUUGUUGACUAAUGGGGAUAAUCCCAGACCAAGGCCACUUCAGAGUGCUGUUCGGGAACACUUCCUUCUCAAACUGAAGCUAAGGAAAAAAAGCAAAAGAAAAUAUGAGGUAGUUGAAACUGUAUCAUGUAGUAAAGAAGGAUCGGUGGUGUUCGACUGCUGGUUCUGUGGUCGGCUCUUCAACAACCAGGAGGACUGGGUUGGCCAUGGCCAGAGGCAUCUCAUGGAGGCUACUAGAGACUGGAAUAAACUGUUC